AUGGCAACUGAAAUUGGUUCUCCCCCGCGUUUCUUCCAUAUGCCACGGUUCCAACACCAGGCUCCUCGUCAGCUUUUCUAUAAGCGUCCUGAUUAUGCACAACAGCAAGCCAUGCAGCAGCUUACCUUUGAUGGCAAACGUAUGCGAAAGGCUGUGAAUCGUAAGACUAUAGACUACAACCCAUCUGUUAUCAAAUAUUUGGAGAAUAGAGUAUGGCAGAGAGAUCAGAGAGACAUGAGAGCCAUCCAGCCAGAUGGUGGAUACUAUAAUGAUUUGGUUCCUCCUGUUGGGAUGCUUAACAAUCCACUGAAUGCUGUCACUACAAAGUUUGUGAGAACGUCUACCAACAAAGUGAAAUGCCCCGUCUUUGUAGUUAGAUGGACUCCUGAAGGUCGCCGCUUAGUUACUGGAGCCUCAAGUGGAGAGUUCACUCUAUGGAAUGGGCUGACAUUUAAUUUUGAGACCAUUUUACAGGCUCAUGACAGCCCUGUCCGAGCUAUGACCUGGUCACACAAUGACAUGUGGAUGCUGACUGCUGACCACAGUGGAUAUGUGAAGUACUGGCAGUCUAACAUGAACAACGUCAAGAUGUUCCAGGCACAUAAGGAGGCGAUUAGAGAGGCCAGGUUUAUAACCAAUCUAACAUUUUCCAUAGUUGUUGUUGUUAUCAAUCUUUACUGUUGUAAUUCUUUAUUAGGUUGUCUUGGGCUGUGUGGGGGGACAGGCUUAUUCAGUUGUAAAUUGCUUCUACACAUCCAAUGUUGUGUUUUAUCCUGCCCCCCUACAGCAAUGUAUACACCCUUUCACACAAACUGUGUAUGCCGAGACAUUUUCUUUAUAAAUAAAGAAUUCUGUGCCUUUAAUAGUUCACAGAUGCUAAAUAAAGCACACAGACAU